AUGGACCUAGAGGGUCAUAGGGCCUUGGGCGAUAAGUAUCCAGGGAUAUCUUUGACCGUGACACGAGCUCCGUUGAGCGUCGUGCCGUUUCGACCCUGGACUCCCGAGAUGGUUCGUCUCGUCGUCCACCUCGAUCUGGCCUUCGACGGCCAGACCACCGGCCGUGAGAAAGUUUACAAGUUUCUUCCCGUCAUAUGCCACGGCAUUUGCAAUGACCACGAGAAGGAGCUGCCGGGCCCCCGCCAAGGCCUUGUAGACCUCGGACUCUUGAUUGUCCGCGAUUCCGGUAUGUGUAGGCCGGAUGCGGUAGCAAGGGCACCGGCAGCAUCUUCAGCGCUUGAGUCAAUGCUUCGACGUCAAAACCUUUUAAAUUUCUUCCCCCGUGUCUCUGAAACCCGUGUCAGUGAGGACAUCGAGAGGGAGAAUAAGAGGGAGAAUGAGCCAGAGCUGCUCAGCCGCGGCCAUGGCUUUAAACACUUGAGCCUCAGGCUCCGCCUCAUCAACCCGAUCCCUUCACCUUCCCGGCUUCCUCAAGAGGCAGCGCAAUCUUUAGAUCGGCGAGAGGAUGGCCCGAAGGAAGGGGCCAGUGCUAAGGUCCGCCGUUCAUGCAGAGUAGAGCAUCAGCCCUCUCUCAACAGAAAGCUGGCAGCCAGCAGCAGCUACAAGAGACGGAGCUGCUCUGAACGGUGCUUAUACUUAGAAAUUCGUCGCAAGUCUCCCGUGAAACCUGCCGGUGUAUAUGAUUCCCAAGCACAAGAACGGGUAGAAGCUGCGUGGUAUCUAACGCCGAAUCCCGAUACAGAGUCUGCCUGUCACACCACCGACCUUUCUAUCCCAACGUAUCUUGCCUCUGUCGAUAGCAAGAGGCAAGCAACAUUCUUUACGCAUCUUAAUAUCGAUACAAUUCAAUACGUAUCAAUCCAAUCCUAUACCUCUACCUCUACCUCUACCUCUACGUCUACGUCUACGUCUACCUCUACAUCUACGUCUCUAUAUAUAUUCACUAAAGUCGCUUCAACCCAAGACCAUCUCUAUCAUUCUUUACUUAGCGCCGAAGAAGGCGUUGCAGGCCUAGGCGGCGGGGCCAGCGUUGUGAAGGUCGUCGGGAUCUCGAUUAUGAACGCGGGGGGUUCGGGGUUGACGGGUUUAAGGGAGCGGAAAAGGGAGGACUUACAAGCGGCUUUAGCGACACAGGCGGCUGAGCCACCGGCGGAAGUCGAGACGAAGCAGACGUCUGGCGGGAAGCCGGUCCGGGGAUUGCCGUUCCGUCCCGGGAUAGGUGCCGCAGCUGCCGGUCACGAGCGUUGCGCUACUGGAAGUGGGGGCUGUGGCGGACAGGGCGCCGUAGGAGGCAGCGAGACCGGGAAAGAUAACGGGGAUACGUUUCUCGAGAGGAGCGGCGUCUGGAUGCGACUGCCCGGAGACAACAACGAGAAGGGCGAGGAGGAGGGCGGGUGUGAUGAGCUGCGUCGUGAUUAA